AUGGAUGGUCUUUUAGAAUUUCUACUCUAUGUCGGACAAGCCAAGCGAACAUUUCGCACAGGUUGGGUUUUACGAGGCGUUGAAAAAGUUGAAAGUGUCGCCGAUCAUAUGUAUCGAAUGGCUGUUAUGUCACUUCUAUUACCAACUGUUAAUGAAGAAUCAAAAGUUCGUUGUAUGAAAUUAGCACUUGUACAUGACUUAGCUGAAUCAGUUGUUGGUGAUUUAACUGAAUAUGAUGGAGUACCUAAAACUGAAAAACAUCGACGUGAAAGUGAAGCAAUGCUUUAUUUAACAAGUUUAUUACCUGCUGAUGUUGGACGAGAAAUCUUCUCACUUUUUAAUGAAUAUUCCGAUCAAAAAACAAACGAAGCCAAUCUUGUUAAAGAUUUAGAUAUAUUCGAUAUGCUUUUACAAGCAUAUGAAUAUGAAAAGAUUCAAUGUGAUGAAAAAUUUUUAGAAGAUUUUUUUCAAGGUUCAGCCAAUAAAGUUAAAACAAACAUUGUUCAAAAAUGGCUUGAACAAUUGCUAAAAUGUCGAUCAUCAGGAGGACAAUUUCAAUUGCCAGCUGAUUCGAAUUUGAAUACAAUGCUGAAACAUGUUCUCUAUGAUGAACAAGGAACAUUUUUAUACAAAUAUCCUUCCUCUGAUCUUCGUGAAAAAUCAAAUAAUUUCAUUUCAAAUAAAACUAAAAAUGAAAAUUCCACUACAUCACCUGUUGAUACUAACGAAUUGUUAACAAAUCUUGUAAAGGAUAUUAAACAUCUCAACAAUUGA